AUGGGCAACGUACGCAGACUAGAGAACAGUUCAACCGAGCAUAGACUAUGGAGUGCGUUAGGAUUCACUGCACCCAUAAACGAUCGCUUUAGGCUUCGGGUAGCGUCACCGCGGGACUCGUGUGGCUGGAAGCGCUCACCGUGGACGCCUGCUGUCUCUCUGACGCGCUCCCCAAGACGCCCUCGACGGGGAACACUGACGACGCUGUGUCCAGUAGCGACAGCCGCUGCAAACAAACGAGGACAGGCUUCGUCACCAAAGAUGAAUAAUUUCGGAAAAGAUGGGGGACGUAGCGCUGGUGCUUCUCUGGAAGGCACCGGUGCUUUUUCGCCGCUCGAUCGCCACUAUGGCGGUGUGCACUACCUUGUACACAAGUUUGGAGGGUCGUCUCUUGCGGACGCGCCAUGCUUCGAACAGGUUGUGAGCGUACUCGAGAAAGAACUGGCUGCGGAGACGGCUGCGCUUCGUCAGCUAGCAGAGGCCGCUGGUCGGGAAGCGCUUCCUUGCCGCCUCUUCGUGGUCGUUUCAGCGGUGAGCGGUGUCACCAACACGCUUGAGCACGCGCUGCAGUGUGCGAUUGAGCGCAAUAAGGACGAGCACUACCUGGAAGUAUUACAGAAGCUCCAGGAACGUCACGAAACGCUUGCGCAUGCCCUCUUAGACAGCAACGAAGCGAAGCAGCCAUUUUUUGCCAUGCUAUCGUCAACCAUGCAAGACCUGAAGGACCUGCUGCGAGCUGCCUUUAUUUCUAGAUCGGCAUCCAGUGCAGUGAAAGACCUUGUGCUGGGUUACGGGGAGUUGUGGUCGGCACAGCUUAUGUGGGCACGCCUGCGGCAGCAACAGCGCCUGCAUGUGGCUGCGGGUCAAAAUACCCCAGGAAGUGUCGUGUGGCUCGACGCACGCAACGUUAUCGCUGUGCGACGUAUACCAACCAUGCCGUCUGAGCGCAAGUCCGUGGACUGGGAUAUGACGCAAAAGCUAUUCGACGAGUGGAUGAGCCAACACGCGGGCUCAGGACUCGUUGUAGCAACCGGUUUCUUGGCUCUGGACGCAGACCGGAGAGUACCUACCACACUGGGUCGCAACGGCUCGGAUUUCUCUGCAGCAAUCUUCGCUCGGCUGGUACGCUCGCCCACAUGCACGAUAUGGACUGACGUGGACGGCGUAUUUUCGGCAGACCCGCGUUGCGUCCCGGAUGCGAUUAUCAUUCCACAACUCAGUUUCAAAGAGGCAGCCGAACUGGCGUACUUUGGUGCCAAAGUACUCCAUCCGGAUACGCUGACACCGGUCGUCAUCAGCGGAACACCCGUUCGCAUUCGGAAUACGUUCCGCCCGGAUGCUGGUGGCACAGAGAUCCUGCCGUCAGCGCGAAUGCUUGCUGGUGAAGCGGCUCUCGAUGCAGCGAACCAAGUGAACGGAUCGAUCGGGGUUGCACAUUCUUUUGCAUCGUUGGCAGCGAGGAAAGCGGCCAUGGGUAUCACUGCGGGCGUCAAAGGCUUCACUUCCGUUCGGGAUAUUUCCAUCGUGAACGUAGAGGGAGCGGGCAUGAUCGGCGUACCUGGUAUUGCCAGCCGUGCAUUCGCCGCACUCUACGCUGCGAAUGUUUCCGUUGUUUUGAUCGCACAAGCGUCCUCAGAGUUCUCCAUCUGCGUUGCAGUGCCCGGUACAGACGGCACCACGGCUACCGAGGCGUUGCGGCGAGCGUUCCGUAUCGAAAUCGAAGACCAGAUCAUCAAUUCUGUUGAACUGCUGGCAGACUGCUGUAUUCUGGCCAUGGUUGGUGAAAACAUGCAGAACACACCCGGUGUCUCUUCGCGCCUGUUCACCGCAUUGGCUAACGCCGGUGUCAAUAUCCGAGCGAUCGCCCAGGGCAGCAGCGAACACAACAUUUCAGUGGUGAUCCAGGCUGGUGAUGAGGUGCGAGCACUUCGAGCAGCGCACGCUGCCUUCUACCUCGGCGACUACACCAUUUCCGUGGGUAUUAUCGGGCGCGGACUUGUCGGCAGUACUCUGAUCGAGCAAAUGCGUGAACAGAGAGCCAAGCUCCACGACCAGUACGGAGUCGACUUUCGCAUUCGGGCCAUUGCGUCCAGCAGUCGUAUGUGGUUGCUCAGCAGUGGCGAAAAUUUCGAUGAGUUCAGUGCACCAGGUCGCAACUGGAUGGACGAUUUUGAAAAACGGGCGGAAACGCUCGAUCUCGAUCGCUUUGUAGGCCACGUGAACGACGGAACCCUACCACACGCGGUACUCGUCGACUGCACUGCUUCUGGCGAGAUUGGUGCCAAGUAUGCCUCUUGGUUGCGGGCUGGACUCCAUUUGGUGACACCGAACAAAAAGGCAAACUCUGCUUCAAUGGAGUACUAUCGGGAGAUUCGCGACGCAAUGCGCGCACGGAACACACACUUCUUCUACGAAGCGAACGUCGGUGCUGGACUACCCAUCAUAUCCACCGUCCGGGAUCUGCUGCGUACUGGAGACUCGUUUCUCAGCAUAGAAGGCAUUUUCAGUGGCACGCUCUCGUACAUCUUUAACUGCUUCGACGGAAGUACCCCGUUCAGCCGCAUCGUUCAGCAGGCCAAGGAACUUGGGUACACGGAACCGGAUCCUCGGGAGGAUCUCGCUGGUGCAGACGUUGCGCGAAAAGUCGUCAUUCUUGGACGUGAAGUCGGGCUCGACAUUGAGCUCGAUCAGAUUAGCGUCCAGAGUCUGGUACCGGCCGCACUGGACGCCAGCCAGGGCGUAUCAGUCGCCGAGUUUAUGGAACGCUUGCCCGAGUUCGAUGACGAACUCAACCGUCAAGUCCAGGAGGCAAGCUCCCGUGACCAAGUACUCCGCUAUGUUGGCGUUGUCGAUGUUCAGAACCGGCGGUGUGCUGUGGAACUGCGCGCGUAUCCACGCAGUCAUCCCUUUGGUGGCCUCGAAGGCAGCGAUAAUAUCGUGUGUUUCCGAACUGUUCGCUAUGAUGCGCAGCCACUAGUUGUACGAGGACCGGGUGCUGGGGCUCAGGUCACCGCCGCUGGUGUCUUUGCGGACCUCCUGCGUCUAGCCGGACACUUUGGUGCACCAAGCGGUUAA